UAGUUCGAUAACUUCUGAAGUAUUAGUACUGGAAUAUCUCCGACCAAAGUAGACCACCCUUUCCAGUUUUCACUCACUCAUCAGCUAAAAAUAGCUCCGAUUUUCCCUACCUAAAAAUUCUGAAAAAUGAAUUCCCUCGCAAACUCGAUAGUUUCUGUCAAACACCCUCGGACCCAUUUCUUAACUGGGACUUCUUUGCAAACGGACCAUUUUCUGAGUUCCAAUAAUGUGCUCUGCAUCCCUGCUUCACAAAGCAAUCUGAAACCAUUGAAAUGCAGGAGGUCACUGACAGUGCAAGCUAGUGGAGAUGGUGGAAGGCCAGGUAGUGCCAGUAUCUUUGUCGGUGGUUUUGUUUUGGGAGGAAUAGUUGUUGGGGCAUUAGGAUGCAUUUAUGCACCUCAGAUAAGCAAGGCACUUGCAGGAGCUGACAGGAAAGAUCUAAUGAGAAAGCUUCCAAAGUUCAUAUAUGAUGAGGAGAAAGCUCUGGAGAAAACACGCAAAGUACUGACGGAGAAAAUUGCACAAUUGAACUCUGCAAUAGAUGAAGUUUCUUCUCAACUCCGUGCUGAUGAUGCCCCAAAUGGAGCUGCAGUAACCCCAGACGAACUCGAAGCUUCCAUAUGAUGAUACUAUGCAUUUGACAUAUGCUACUCGCUAGCAUCACUUUGCAUUAUCUAUAGCUUUCUGUUACUCGCAUUUGUGUUCUAACUAUCGAAUUGGAUAUUGUUGGAUGUUGCUGUGGCCAACAAGAUGUUUCCUGUCAAAGAAAGAUAUUCCAAGACAUUACAAAGAAUCUAAAUGGAUGUGGAUUAUACUUGAUAAUU